AUGGAAGGAUCCAGCGGGUCGAGUUUUGGGAUAGACACUAUUUUAUCCAGCGCCUCUAACUCUGGCAACCCCGUGCUAAUGAACGGAGAUUUUCGGCUCGGCGACAGCAGGACAGCGGAUUUCAGGAGUCAGGCGACCCCUUCGCCAUGCUCGGAGAUAGACACUGUGGGAACAGCCCCCUCGUCCCCCAUCUCGGUCACCAUGGAGCACGCCGCCGAUGCGCAUCUGGUCCAGGACAGCCUUCAGCAUCACCACCAUCACCACAACCAGCCGCAGAGUUUGCCGCUGUCGCCUCAGCAGCAGCAGCCGCUCGCCGGGGCCGGCUGCGCCCCGAGGACUGCCACCUCCUCGUUUCUAAUCAAAGACAUUUUGGGCGACAGUAAACCGCUGGCAGCCUGCGCACCUUACAGCACCAGUGUAUCCUCACCCCACCACACGCCAAAACCAGAAAGUGCCACGGCCGCGGACGGCUUCAGGCCCAAGUUGGAGCAAGACGAGAGCAGAAGCAAGUUGGACAAAAGAGACGACAUUCAGAGCGAAAUGAAAUGCAACGGGACUAAGGAGGAGGGCGACCGGGAAAUCUCCAGCAGCAGAGACAGUCCGCCGGUGCGCACGAAAAAACCCCGCAAAGCACGGACGGCCUUUACCGACCACCAGCUGAACCAGCUGGAGAGGAGCUUCGAGCGACAGAAAUACCUCAGCGUGCAGGACCGCAUGGACCUGGCCGCGGCUCUCAACCUGACAGACACGCAAGUCAAGACCUGGUACCAAAACAGACGGACGAAGUGGAAGAGGCAAACGGCGGUCGGAUUAGAGCUCCUGGCUGAAGCAGGAAACUACUCGGCCUUACAGCGAAUGUUCCCGUCGCCCUAUUUCUACCACCCGAGCCUGCUGGGCACCGUGGACAGCACGACGGCGGCCGCGGCGGCCGCGGCCAUGUACAGCAGUAUGUACCGGACUCCUUCCGCGCCGCAUCCCGGCCUCCAGAGACCCCUUGUCCCGAGGGUGCUCAUUCACGGCCUUGGGCCGGGGGGGCAACCGGCACUAAACCCCCUGUCGAACCCCAUGCCGGGCACACCGCAUCCGCGAUAA